UUUACAAAUUUCAUUAAAAAAAGAAGAAGAAAACUUUUCACGAAAUUUGAUAUUUUUCGACGUGUAUUUCACAGCUUUCUGCAUUUGUCCUGCUUUCACACGCGAUCAAUCGAAAUGCCUAAAUAUGCGCAGUUAGUCAUGGGUCCGGCUGGUAGCGGGAAGUCAACCUACUGCAGUAGCUUGGUGCGUCAUUGUGAAGCUUUGCGAAGAACAGUUCAUGUUGUGAACUUGGAUCCGGCUGCUGAAUACUUCGACUACCCGGUGUUGGCAGAUAUUCGCGAGUUGAUCCACUUGGACGAUGCCAUGGAAGAUGAGACACUUCACUUUGGGCCGAAUGGUGGAUUAGUGUUUUGCAUGGAAUACUUUGCUCAGAAUCUUGAAUGGUUGGAGGAACAGUUGGAUGACAUCGAUGAUGACUAUGUCAUAUUUGACUGUCCUGGACAAAUUGAGCUCUAUUCCCACCUUCCCGUCAUGAGACAGUUCGUGGAUCAGUUACAGCGGUGGGAUUUCCGAGUCUGCGGCGUUUUCCUUAUCGAUUCACAAUUUCUUGUCCAGUCCAGCAAACUAGUCUCCGGGAUUCUCGCUGCCUUGUCUGCAAUGGUGAAUUUAGAGAUUCCGCAUGUAAACGUGAUGACUAAGUUAGAUUUAAUCAGUAAAAAGGACAAAAAAGAUAUUGAAAGAUUCUUAGAACCAGACCUCCAUCUCUUACUAAAUGAGGAAUUCGAACAUUCAACAUCCAGUCAGAAGUUCCAAAAGUUAAAUGCUGCUAUGGCAACAUUGGUUGAAGACUACAGCCUUGUGAAGUUCAUGCCCCUCGAUCAGACAGACGAAGACUCAUUAAACGAUUUGUUGUUACACAUUGAUAAUGCUAUACAAUAUGGAGAGGACCUGGAUGUGAAGGUUAAGGAUUUUGAUGAAGUGGAGGCAGAGUCGACAUCAGAAAACUUAACACACUUUGAUUGAAUGAUGGAUGUGUUCACUGCUCUCUCUCUCUUGGAGUCUGAUUGUAGACAUGAUCCCAGUUUUGGGCCGCUAAACUGGAUUAUAUUUCACACCAUGAUGAAGAUGAGGAGUUGUCUCUGAAAGUUGUUGCCAGUCCUCGAUUGUUUUUUAAGGAAAUGUUGUAAAUAAAUGAUUAUUUUAUACAA